UGUUGCUGAGUCACACCUCGUAGAGAGAGAUUAGACUAGAGAUAGAGCCAAAACGGAAACGAAGUGUGCUAAUAAGUAGACCCUCAAAUGAAGGCCGGCCAUGGCGGCAAUAAUGUCAACCAGAACAAACCUCUUUAGGCUUCUCACCGCCGGAACACCAAUUUUAGGAUUCUCAAAUGUUCGGCUGCGUUAUUCGUCGUCUGCUGCUGGGAUUGGGUCGAGGCAGAUAGACAUGGGGGCCGGCGUGAAAGAUUAUGAAGACUAUAGGAGGUCUCUUUACGGUGAAAUCACGCACAAGGCUCUGCUUGUUGAUGCUGUAGGCACCCUUGUUGUUCCUUCUCAGCCAAUGGCUCAGAUAUAUAGGAAGAUAGGGGAGAAGUAUGGGGUGGACUACUCAGAGGCUGAGAUUUUGGAUAGAUACAGACGGGCUUACCAGCAGCCUUGGGGCAGAUCUCGUCUCAGAUAUGUAAAUGAUGGGAGACCCUUUUGGCAACAUAUAGUCCGUUCUUCUACUGGUUGUUCAGAUUCUCAGUACUUUGAAGAACUUUAUAACUACUAUACAACUAACAAGGCUUGGCACCUCUGUGAUCCUGAUGCUGAGAAAGUAUUUGAAGCUCUAAGAAAAGCAGAUGUCAAAGUAGCGGUUGUGUCAAAUUUUGAUACCCGGUUAAGACCUCUUUUGCAGGCUCUAAAUUGUGAACAUUGGUUUGAUGCAGUAGCAGUGUCAGCAGAAGUAGAAGCCGAGAAGCCAAAUCCCACAAUAUUUAUUAAAGCUUGUGAGUUAUUAGGGGUAAAACCUGAGGAUGCUGUGCAUGUGGGGGAUGAUCGUAGGAAUGAUAUAUGGGGUGCUAGAGAUGCAGGUUGUGAUGCUUGGCUUUGGGGAAGUGAUGUUCAUUCCUUUAAGGAGGUGGCUCAAAGGAUAGGAGUCCACGUUUGAUUUAAUGUCUUCUGAAACAUGAAUCGUGGUCUCUUUGUAUAUUCUUCUGUGCUGUAAUCUGUAUAAGAGAGACAUGAGGCAACAACACUGAAACUUGAACGAGUACACUUCAGAAUUUGUUCCUUUCUGUCAAAUAAUGGUGUGCAGUUUUUUCCCUUUAAGACCUAACUAGCGAAAUAGCCCGCGCGAUGCUGCGGGUAUAUUAUCAACAUUAUUGAAUUCGACGAUAUACAAUAUUGAAUUCGACGA